AUGUCAGAAACGGAUGAGUUUGAAUUUACAGGUAAUCUAGGUUACAAUGGUUUAGAUGUUGCAUUAAAUUACUUUACAAAUCAGCCAGAUAUUUCAACUAUUUCCAACUCAGACUUAACAGUUAUAUUCAAAUCAUUAACCAAGAAAGAUCCCAAAACAAAAGAAAAAGCACUUAAUGAUUUAUUAUCAUUCGUUAAUGAACAGAAUUUGAAUGAGUUUGACGAAGCGACUCUAGACUGUUGGGUACAAUUAUACCCUAAAGUAGCCAUAGAUAAUUCGAAAACAGUCAGAUCACUAACUCAUCAAAUCCAAGGUAAUUUGCUAAAGACAAUAGGUAGUAAAACUUAUGGGAGAUAUUUAAAAACAACUAUGCCCAUCUGGGUAAUGGGAAUUUUUGACCCAGAUAAGACUGUAUCAAGCACUGCAAGCUCAGUUUUAUUAGAGAAUUUUCAAGGUGAUUCUACAAAGACUGAAAAAAUUUGGAAUAUUUUUGAAGAUCAAAUUUUAAACCUAAUAGGAUCUGUUACAAUUGUUGAAACUCCUGAAACUUUAUCUGACCCAAGGUAUACAACUGAAUCUGAAAUACAGAUCAAAUAUGAUCGUGUGUUGAAUAUUGCAUUACAAAUUUUAAUGAAGAUCAUUAAUAAUAAAUCUGAAAAGUCUGAGGAAAUGAGUACAAUUUUAAAGCUGGACUCAAUUUGGGAUAGUUUGACUACAAGUGUUGAAGAGGAGACUAUGAAUUUGGGAUUGUUCAAAACUAUACUACUGCUAAUUUUAAGAUUAUUCAAUGACGAGGAAGACUCACUAAAUAUUAAAUCCUUAUACAAAACUAUUUCAAAGUCAGUUCUAAAAAUCAAAUUUAACAAACUGAAACCUUCAUUGAUAUAUUCAUUCGUAAUAAUACCGUUUUGGCAAGUGCUAAUACAACUUACAAGAUUUGGUUCCAUAAACAAAUUGAAGAAAUCAUUUUGGGAUUUUAGUAGUAAGAGUCAACUGAGAUUACAUCAUUAUUUUGAACUCGGCCCUUGUGAUCUGGAUCCGAAAUACUAUGAAGUUGUUUAUUCUUUAUUUAAUGAAUUUAAAAGUAAUGGAAUUGCAGUUGUUGAAUUUUCAAAUGAGAAGGAUUCUGACUUUUAUGUAAAUACUUUACUUGGCCAAUAUGACAAAAUUCGUGAUAAAUUCAAACCAGCUUGUUUGACCUGCAUUUUUAAAUUUAUAACCUUUUUUGACUCAGAUGAAUUACUGACGGUGAUUGAUAAGGUUUUGAAUAACUUAUCCAAAAUAAGGAUCUCAUCAGUUAAGAAAGAUAUAUUGAUUCAAUUUUCAAAGUUUGACGAUUCUGACAAAUUAUCACAAGCAUUUGAAAAAUUGAAUGAUAAAAUACAGGAGGCUCCCGAUAAAUAUAGUGAACCAUAUCUUCAUACAUACUUUGACAUUUUGAAGACGAUGGGAUUUGAAGAAAACAUCGAUGAUAUAGUUGAUAUAAUAUUGACAAAUUUUGAGAAUGAGGAAAUAGAGAAGUCGAUUGCUUCAAAUUAUGUUUUAGCAUAUUUGGAAAUAAUGAAGAAGCCAGCACCAAGAAUGAAAGAUUUCAUAGAUCAAAUUGCCAUUCAACCAAACGAUGAAGUACUGUUCAGAAUAAUAAAAAUACUUAAUCAAGAGAACUUGUUAGACUCAAAAGACUUGCUGCAUAUAAUAAAUACUGCAUUUUCACAAUUAUCCAUCAACAAUGACAAAGACUCAUUUAUAUCCAAAACUGAAGUUGAAAUUAAUAAAGAGAAGUAUCCCGAGAUCUAUAGGUAUGUUCAAGAAAAUUCAGCAAAUGUUCUUGAUGUGUCAUAUUUGAAGAAAAUUAUAAACUCCAAGGAUAAAGAAGCUUUAAAUACAAUUAUAUCGAAUCUUGAUUCAGAAUCUACGAAGGUUUUUGUAGCUACUAUGACUGACCACUUACCACUUAUCAUUGACUUAAAUUUAAAUAAAAUCCUUCAGUAUGCUUGGAACAAUGUUGAUGAUCUGAAACCAUUUUUAAAUUCAUUACAAUAUGAAGAAAUUUAUUUGUCAUCUUUGAUGCAAUAUUUGAAAUCUCGUGAUAUGCAAACAAAUAUGAAUACUUUAGUCAAUUUUGUCAAAGAUGGACCUAUGCCAACAGAAUUAUUUCAUCAAACUUUCACGUCACUCAUAAAUCCUUUGAAACCAUCUGAAAUCGCAAUAUCCAAUGCAUUAGAACUGUCAAUUUAUAUUUGUGAUUAUCAGUCAGGGCAAUUUGAAGAGACAGUACUAGUGUUAACCAAGUUUUUAUGUACCUUAGAUAGCUCUGAUGAGAAAUUACAAACUUUGCUUUCAAUAGGAAAAGAAUAUGUUGAUGAUUAUGUCUUCACACAAAAAUUGGAUCCAAGUAUUGAAGAAAAAUUACAAGAGAUAUCAAGUCCGUCAUUGGAAAUACUGAUUAGUACAAUAAUAGAUAGCAAGCAUCCCCUCAUUGAAUUAGCUAAUGGUAAUGAUUUAAUGUCAUUUUAUGCUGCCCGAGUUUUAACUAAGCAUAUUGAGAAUGUUGCAGAAGAAAUGAGUUUGUCACAGUUUGAACUGAUCAACAUUAAUUAUAAUCAAUUAGUUAAGACUCCAAUGAAAUUUGUUGCUGUAAUAAAUGGAUUUAAAAUUUUUUUGGCUUCAAAAUCAUUAGAUCGUAUAAGAAAUUAUGUAUUUUCAGAGAUAUUAGUUGUUAGAAAAGAGGAUGAUAUCUUAAAUUUGGGUUUGAAAUGGAUCACUUUAAUCAUUCCGUUCAUGUCGGGUGAAUCAACCGAAUCUGAUUUAUUCCCAGCUGUCAAAUUAUCAAUGGUUUUAAAACAAUUGGACAACUGGUUUGAUUCUUCAAUUUCAUAUGAUGCAGAGUUUAUUGAUAUGAGAAUUCAAGUACUUAGAUUUUUAGCAUUACUUCCAAAAUUUCAAACAAAUUUAUCGGAUACUUAUUACGAUUUGGUUAAUAAAAUUUUAAGUGAUAAUUUUGAUAUGGCUGACGAUAGAAUUGAUUUGAAAUACUAUACUUUAAAAGCCUAUACUACUUUGUUCAACCAGCUAGACAAUUUAGAGAAUCAAGAUGAGAGGUUGUUAGAACUAUUCACACAAUCUACAAAUUCAAAUAGUCGUAUGUCGUUUGUUGUUAAACAAGUUUUAAAAAGAGCUUUGAUACAGUCAAAAUUUUCAAUAAAGACAUUAAAAUCAAAUCAAGAUCAAAUUUUCAAAUUAUUUUCACAAACUCCAUCAAUUACUAUACAAAGAUUAUGUACUUACUAUUCAUCUCAGAUAUAUCAACUUGAAAAAGAUGAUUUUGUUGUGGAAUACCAAUUGUCAAAAGACGGAAACAAGAAAGCAGAAUUACCAUCAGAUUUAAUGAAUAUAAUUGUACAAUUUAAAGUUGAAGAAAAUUUUGAUCUUUCCAGAUAUAUGUUAGCGUGGUUCAUGGUAUCAAGCUUUUUUAAAGAUGUCACCAUAUCUAUUCGUAAUGAUUAUUUGAACCAAAUAUUAGAGCAUAAAGAUUUUCAAACAUUACUUUAUUUCAUAUUCGAGCAUCUUGAUAUUGACAAUAAAUUCAUGUCUUUAACAACAUUUGAAGAAUACUCAAGUUACAAUAUCCUUGAAACAGACAAUAAUGAGUUUGAAUAUAACCUAAAAUUAAUUGGCUUAAACAUCUACUAUAAAUUUUUAAGGUACGCUGGAUUUCAAGUACAAAUGUGGUACAAAGAGAUAAGAGAUAAACAGCUUCAAAUGAAAAUUGAAAAAUUAACUUCACAAUAUUUGUCACCACCUAUCAUAAAUGAAGUUUUAGAACUGGUCAAUAAUGAAAAAGAUAAGUUACAAGGUAAAGAAGAUAAUCUUACUAUAAAAGUUAAUUUUGUAUCUAAUGAAAUUAAAACUACAUAUAUAGUAGAUGAACAAAAAUUAGAAAUGGUUAUCAAAAUUCCAGUAUUGUAUCCAUUGGAAAAUGUCACAUUUGACGGACCAUCAAGAUUUGGUGUGAAAGAAAACAGAUGGAAAGCAUGGUUAUUAGCAUCCCAAAAAAUUAUAUCAUUACAAAACGGUUCAAUAAUAGAUUCAAUUGAAUUAUUCUGUAAGAACAUUAAUUUGCAUUUUUCUGGAUUUGAAGAUUGUGCUAUAUGUUAUUCAAUUUUACAUCAAGAUUUAUCAUUACCUUCCAAAACUUGUCAAACUUGUAGUAAUAAAUUUCAUGCUGCUUGUUUAUAUAAAUGGUUUAAAAGUUCAGGGAAUUCUACAUGUCCUUUAUGUCGUUCAGCUUUCAAUUUUAAGUAUAGAAAUUAG